UAGGUUUUGCAAUGGAACAGACAUGGCUGCUGUUGCUUCUAACAAUAAGAGUACUUCCUGGGUCUGCUCAGUUCAAUGGCUACAACUGUGAUGCCAACCUCCACAGUAGAUUCCCUGCUGAAAGAGACAUCAAUGUCUACUGUGGGGUUCAGGCCAUUACAAUGAAGAUUAAUUUUUGCACAGUACUUUUCUCCGGUUAUUCUGAAACAGAUCUUGCCCUGAACGGAAGGCAUGGGGAUUCCCACUGCAGGGGGUUCAUCAAUAACAACACCUUUCCUGCUGUGGUUAUUUUCAUCAUCAAUCUCAGCACCUUGGAGGGCUGUGGCAAUAACUUAGUGGUAUCCACAGUUCCUGGAGUCAGUGCUUAUGGAAACACAACUUCAGUACAAAUAGGAAAUAUUUCAGGAUACAUUGAUACUCCAGAUCCACCAACAAUCAUCAGCUAUCUACCUGGGCUUCUUUACAAAUUUAGUUGUAGUUAUCCAUUGGAAUACCUGGUUAAUAAUACACAGCUUGCUUCGUCCUCAGCUGCUAUUUCUGUGAGAGAGAACAAUGGUACAUUUGUCAGCACUUUGAACCUGCUCCUUUAUAACGAUUCAACCUACAGUCAACAGUUAAUUAUCCCGAGUAUAGGACUGCCUUUAAAAACCAAAGUAUUUGCAGCUGUGCAGGCCACUAAUCUGGAUGGCAGAUGGAAUGUCUUAAUGGAUUAUUGCUACACAACCCCAUCAGGGAACCCAAAUGAUGAUAUUCGGUAUGAUCUCUUCCUUAGCUGUGACAAAGAUCCACAGACCACGGUCAUUGAAAACGGUAGAAGCCAGCAGGGCCGGUUCUCCUUUGAAGUGUUCCGAUUUGUGAAACACAAGAAUCAGAAAAUGUCCACCGUCUUCCUGCACUGCGUUACCAAGCUCUGCAGAGCUGAUGACUGCCCCUUCCUUAUGCCAAGCUGCGGCCACAGAGAAAGGAGGGAUGCAGGGAGGAGGACCACUUGGAGCCCCCAGAGCACUUCUGGAAACGCCAUCCUCUCUGCGGGGCCCAUCAUUACGCGGAGCGAUGAGACGCCAACCAACAAUUCACAGCUUGGUUCUCCAAAUGCACCUCCUUUCCAGCUGAAUGCUGUCACCAGCGCACUGAUAUCAGGAAUGGUCAUUCUGGGUGUCACGAGCUUUUCCCUACUCCUGUGCUCACUGGCCCUUCUACACAAGAAGGCACCCAAUAGUUUGGUGUUGAAUGGCAUAAGAAACCCAGUCUUUGACUGA